CUUACGGUUCUCUGAUCGACUUAUCGCGACGAUGGAUUUGGACCUAGAUGCUAGUCGCAAGGUUUGGCUCGUAACUGGAACAUCGUCAGGUUUCGGAAAACGGCUUGUCAAAUCCAUUCUAGCACGAGGCGACUAUGUCAUUGCCACAGUCCGCGCUCUCGAUCGUUUCCAAAUCCCGCUGUCCGAUGAGGAGCGCUGCAGGGUGCAUGUGCUCGUUUUCGAUCUUGCAGAUACCCACGAGAAUAUCCAGAAAUUGGCAGCCAAAGCUGCUGGCUUAUGGGGACGUAUCGACGUCCUUGUCAACAACGCCGGAGUGGCGCCCAAGUCACUCUUGGAAGAACUAGGAGAAUCCACACUUUCAUCAGCGUUCCAGACCAACUUUUUCGGCGUUCUCAACCUCACUAACGCGAUCCUGCCUUACAUGCGCGCGCGACGCUCGGGCACCGUUGUGUUCAUGGGCAGCAGGUCUGUGUUCAAGCCGGACAUGCCUCUGACGGGAGCUUACGUGGCAUCAAAAGCCGCACUGCACGGCGCGGCUGAGACAUACUCAAGCGAGCUCAAGCCGUUUGGCGUCCGCGUGCUCAUUGCCUGCUUCGGCGGCUUUCGUACAGAGGGCAUCCAUAUUGCUCCUGUCACUGUUGAUAACCCUGCGCCCGGACUAGAUGACUUCCGCCAGAAAGCUAUACACUCGUUCGAUGGCGCUUGGGAACGGGCACCUGGCGACCCGGAUAAGGCGAUGGAGGUUCUCGUCGAUGCCGUACGAGGGGAAGGCAAGGCGAAGGGAAGAGAUCUCCCCCUGUACCUGUUUAUUGGCGGCCCAACCUACACGGCGACGCGGGAGCAUUGCAGAAUGCUCCUGAAGUCAAUGGAUGAAUGGGAGGAUGUUGCAAAGGACCUGGACUUCGACUGCGCUGCUCCUGUAGAAGCACCAUCUCACGGAUAGUGCGUAGGUAAUUAGGUCUGCUCCCUCGACCUCAGUGAACGAAGGCUGCCCAAAACACCGCAAUGGUCCACAACAAAGCCGUUCCUAUGAGAGAUCUGACUCGCAAGCUCAUGGUAGACCAAAUUUGUUUGUCACGAUACGAAUCAUGCAUGCGUCUGAGUUCCAAUGUAGUGGCCGCUAUCACUGACU